AUGUGGCCACGCCGACAACGACAACCCAGUAGGUGUUUGAGUGCAGAAGAUUCGGGUUCAGUGGCUAGUACAACGCCUUCCAUUGCAGAAACCUCUCAUACUGCUCCUUCUCAUUCCAAAGCGUUAUUUUCACCACGCGGAAAUGCCACAUAUGAGUCUGAUUAUAAAAUCAAGCCACAAAAAAGUUUUAAUUCUAGUACGGAUGACACUGCGUGGAUGUUGCGGGCUUUGAAAAAGAAGAAACGAAAAGCGAAAUCUACAACAAAAAUAAAUGCCGAAAGUUCUCAGGACGCCGAAGAUUCGGUGAAUUUAUCAAUGCAGAGUUCGAGAGAUGUGCAAAAACCUGAUUCGAUAAAUCUUACCAUGUCAUUACAAGAACGACAGCAAAGAUGGCGUAUUGGGGCUUCGAAAACACCUCACAACGAAGCUAUAGAACAAGCAAAGAAGGAGGAGCAAGACCGACAAAUAACAAGUUUUGAUCUUGUCUUUCAAGAGGUUUUUGGCACGAAACAUGCUAAGCCGAAGGGAAACAUUGUGGCUGAGACGCAAAGCAAUUUUAACGGAGCUGAUCUAUCCUGUAUGAAGCUUAAUAACAACGUGGACAGUAAUCAAGAAAAUGGUGAACAAACAGAUGAGAAGAUUAUAAGAGGGAACGGAAAACGAAAAAUCACUGAGCAAAAAGAUAAAAAUGUUUGGGGCUUCGCCACAGAUGAUAACUCUGCGCUCAAUCUAAAUGAUUUUGAUAUUCCGGAAGAAAGCUUUGACGUUGGUGCUGGUGGCGUUAUAGCAGCGAAGAAUCUCGCAAAGUUUGAGCGAUGGAAAACGGAGAACGCGCAAAGGGAAGUGAGUACUAAUUUUGUGCGCCUUAAUAUGCGUAAACGGUUUAAAGGCAGUUCUGGUCAUGCAAGAAAGCAACCAACUUAUUUACGCCCACGAAGUGAGGAUUCGCUUAAUAAAGAAACUGGUGAUAACCUUUCGAAAGGAAUUGCACCAUUCGUCGAUGCAAAUGGAUAUCAACAGCAGAAGAAAAACAAGUCAUUACUGGCUGAUGCUAGUGUCGACUUUAUUGAGGAAUGUCUUGAAGCAUUAGCCAAGGCUGAAAAAAUGCGUGAAGGCACACGUGACGAUCAGUCGGAUUUACUUCAGAUAGGUGGGCCGGUAGAUCACCCAAGAUGUCACCAUGCACUGAUUUGUCAGAUCGUAGAGGUAAAAAAAAAGAACAAAAAUCAUGGUCGGAGAUUCUAUGCAUGUUCAUUGGGUAUGAACGAAGGUCGUUGCGACUAUUUUUUAUGGGAAGACGAUCAUGUUCCUCUUGCUUUGCAGACAUUGUUCACUGCAUCUUCAGCCGAUGUAUCGGCUGCAGAAGCACGACCAAUCGAGUGUGUGCCUCUCGAUCUCAAGUCCUCGGAAAAUGAACUGCGUGAUGCGAUGGUUACUAAUUUGCGUCUGGUGUUUGGACAUGCCGAGUUUCGACCUGGUCAGCUGUGGGCUAUUUCAAGGGUGUUGCGUCGAAAUGAUACUCUUCUUGUACUACCCACAGGCGCCGGCAAGUCUCUGUGCUACCAGUUCCCAGCACUUUUCCUACCUGGACUCACUCUUGUGAUCUCUCCACUCAUCGCGUUAAUGAAUGACCAAUACGAAAGUUUACCUGCCCCACUAAAAGCUCGUGGUGUGUGUCUUUCGAGCUCGUCCGAAUCCGGUUCUUCCAAGGCAAAAUAUGCAGCUUUUGUACGCGAUUUACUCGCAGGCAAGCUUUCUAUAAUAUUUCUAUCGCCAGAAAAGGCACUGAGUGCCGGGAUGCAAGCUCUGUUAGCAUUGCCUAGCAUUCGUGCGCGUUUGGCCCUUGUGUGCGUGGACGAAGCGCAUUGUAUUUCCGAGUGGUCCCACCACUUUCGUCCAAGUUAUCUGCGUUUGGCUGACAUCUUUUGUCAUGCUCAAUGUGUCCUGUGUGUCACAGCGACAGCUUCCAAACGCGUCGUGCGUGAUGUACUGAAUCAGCUGCGCUCGCGUCGCCGAUCACAUCCUAGUGUUGGUGAAAGUGAAGAUACAAUGGUGUAUCAAAUGCCGUGGCAACGAUGCAAUCUGGCGCUUGAAGUGCGAUCUGUAAACUCAAACGACGAGCGACUUCGCCAUCUCGUUCAUAUUCUCCCUGAGUUGAGCAAAGGAGUCAGUCAAGGUACUGGAGGAGGCGUCAUCGUGUACGUUCACCAGCAACGACAAACGGAAGAACUAGCAGCGCUUCUUCGUGAGCAGCUUCCGUCUUCAUGGCGCAGUGCUGGCAAAAUAAUGGCGUUCCAUGCUGGGAUGGCACCAGAAGCAAAGGAAAAGGUUCGGAUGGGCUUUGCGCGAGUCAUACACUUUCACAUGCCAUCGUCCAUUGAAGCGUAUGUACAGCAAAUCGGUCGAGCGGGUCGGGAUGGGAAAGCUGCACGUGCACUGCUUUACCUGGUGGCUGAGGACGCAAUUAACUUUCGCUCACUGCUUUUUUCGACGGCUCUGCACCGUGAUCAACUGAGACGGCUCUUAUCUCUCGUGUUCCAAAGGCAUGAGUCGAGGGAAAGUGUUGUGGCCGUCAAGUAUUCGUGUCAACAAGCUGGUGAAGAGCUCGCACUUGUAUCUUUGGAACGAGAUUGGCUCGAACGUUACCUUGAUCUCAAGGCUGCCACUAUCGAAACAUUUCUAACAUUGCUAGCACUCGAGACGCAGUGUAAUCGAGCUGACAAAGCAGGCAACAUGCACGUUGUUGUGCAACCUCUGAGUAUGAUUCAAUGCACCGUGCAGUUACUAGACGCACAGGUCAAUAAACUGGCCUCUCAUUCGUGCAUAAAGCGGCUGCUAGAAGCUAUACGGAGCAAAAAGAUGCCUCAUGCGCGUUUAACCCAUCGCAAAGAUGGAUACUUGAGUUCGUGGACACUAGAUUUCCACGUGCACGAGGCAGCUCAAUGGUACGCGCAGCCCAGCAGUGGCCAGAAGAUACAGACUAGCUCAAAAGUUCAGCAAAACGGUGAGGCAAAUGAUGUGGCGGUCGUUGCAGCGAGCAAUGCACGGCGGAUGCUGCAGGAUCUGCGAGUAGCUCAGCAAACUGGCCAGAUUCAGCGCUUGACGCUGUCACGACCUGCAUAUCAGAUCCAAGUGAGUGGUCAAAUCAAGCUGACAGAUGACAUGAAAGAUGAGGCCAUCGAACGAUGGACAACCGUUUUGUACGCAAAACAUGAAAAGCUUGAGUCUCGCCAGCUUGUUCGUCUAGCUCAUCUAUAUGCUGCACUUCAUGCAGCCUCAUUGCCAUCUUCAACUUCGACAGAAAAGCACGUAGACAAAGACUUGGACGACAAAGCGCAAUAUCUGGCAGUGAAACUAACGCAGUAUUUUGAAAAUGACAAUGACAUCCAUGCAGACGAAGACGAGGAGUUACUACAAAAGCUGCUACGUCCUUUAAGCGCAUCGUUAAUUGAGUGUAUUGAGCGUGACACUCGUUCGCUGGUACAGGAAGGUCUUAGUGGCGUAUAUUUGACUGAUGAAGGCACACCAAAGAAUAACGAGGAAAUAAAGUGGACAAGUUAUGCUGUAGCCAAAGUUUUUCAUGGUCUGACGACGCCUUUAUUUCCAGCACGACAAUGGCGGGAUCAUUUGUGUUGGCGGAAGUACACCGACGUGGCUUUUGAACGCAUUGUAAUUAUUGCACAUAAAGUGUUGAUGGAGGAUCAUCGUCUAACGAUUCGCGAUUAA